AGCCUUUGGAUUAACCAGAGCCGAGUGCGCUUAGUCAGCGAUGAGGAAAUAAACUCUCCCUUCGUGAGGCACCCCUGAGCUCUGACGCUAUCUAGCCACACUACAAAAAUGGCGGAAGGGGAGUUGGAUGUGGAUUCGCUUAUCUCCAGGCUGCUGGAAGUGCGGGGAUGUCGCCCUGGGAAGAUCGUGCAGAUGACCGAGGCGGAGGUGAGGGGGCUGUGCAUCAAGUCCAGAGAGAUCUUCCUCAGCCAGCCCAUCCUAUUGGAGCUGGAGGCGCCACUCAAAAUAUGUGGUGACAUCCACGGGCAGUACACAGACCUGCUGCGGCUCUUCGAGUACGGGGGCUUCCCCCCGGAGGCCAACUACCUGUUCCUGGGGGACUACGUGGACCGAGGCAAGCAGAGCCUGGAGACCAUCUGCCUGCUGCUGGCCUACAAGAUCAAGUACCCCGAGAACUUCUUCCUGCUGCGGGGGAACCACGAGUGCGCCUCCAUCAACAGGAUAUACGGCUUCUACGACGAGUGCAAGCGACGAUUCAACAUCAAGCUGUGGAAGACCUUCACCGACUGCUUCAACUGCCUGCCCAUCGCCGCCAUCGUCGAUGAGAAGAUCUUCUGCUGCCAUGGAGGUCUGUCACCUGAUCUGCAGUCUAUGGAACAGAUUCGGCGUAUCAUGAGGCCCACUGACGUCCCAGACACAGGUCUGCUGUGUGACCUGCUCUGGUCGGACCCUGACAAGGACGUUCAGGGCUGGGGCGAGAACGACCGCGGCGUGUCCUUCACCUUCGGGGCCGACGUGGUCAGCAAGUUCCUCAACCGCCACGACCUGGACCUGAUCUGCAGAGCGCACCAGGUGGUGGAAGACGGUUAUGAGUUCUUCGCCAAGCGACAGCUGGUGACUCUGUUCUCCGCCCCAAAUUACUGCGGCGAGUUUGACAACGCGGGCGGGAUGAUGAGCGUGGACGAGACCCUCAUGUGCUCCUUCCAGAUCCUGAAGCCGUCUGAGAAGAAAGCCAAGUAUCAGUAUGGAGGGAUGAAUUCGGGGCGUCCCGUCACCCCACCCCGAACAGCUACUCCACCAAAGAAGCGGUGAAAAAGAAGACGAGCGCAAGAGAAACUGGGGAGGGGGGGGCGACGUGGAUCUGCGGGAGCCUCCCCUCCCCCCGUUCGUCAUUCAUUGUCUUCAGAGGAAGAGAAAAGAAUACACGAGCUGAAGCAUUUACAGAAGUGGAAAAGAUGCCCCUCCCCUUCUCCCCCAGACUGUUCUGUUAGUCGGCUUUUCCUGAGCGUCCCUCAUCUGUCCGUGCGUCUGUCCUCCGCCCCCCGUCUGUUUACACGCAGUAUUUAAACGCCGAGUCGCCUUGCCGCUCUGCGCUCGGCCUGGAGUGCUGGCUCGCUUCCGCCUCGUCGCCAUGGUAACGUGCACAGCACACGCAGCUCCUCAGUUUGCCAGGGUUCUUUUUUUUUUUCGCCAAGGAAAAAUAACAGGCCAGUGACUGCUGGUUUUUCAAUAAAUGAUUUGGGGAAUUGGC